AUGCGAGGCUUGCGUGUGGAAGAUGCUUUAUUGUAUCUAGAUGACGUCAAGCGUGAGUUUAGAGGUCGUCCACACGUCUACAAUGAGUUCCUGGGGAUCAUGAAGAACUUCAAAUCGCAAGAAGUCGAUACGCCUGGAGUCAUUGCGCGGGUUUCCAAGCUGUUUCGGGGAUAUAACAAGCUUAUUCUGGGUUUUAACACUUUUUUGCCGGAAGGGUAUAAAAUCUCGUUGGCAGAUCUGGAGCAAAAUCAGAACCAAACGGUGGAAUUCGAUCACGCGAUUUCCUACGUCACAACAAUCAAGAAGCGGUUCGUCCACGAUCCUAGUACGUAUCACCAGUUUUUGGAGAUCCUCCAUACCUAUCAGAAGGAGCAACGGGGCAUCAAGGAAGUCUUAGAACAAGUUGCCCAUCUGUUUCAAGAUCAUCCGGAUUUGCUCAAGGAAUUUACUUUUUUCUUGCCCGAUGCCGUUCAAGAGCAAGCCAAGGAACGCCUGCAUCGCGCUGCGGCGGAGUCGGAAACGCGACUCGCCGCUCAACGCCAGCAGCAAUUGGAACAAUAUCACGUUGAUACUAAUGUCAAGAGUCCCGCGAAUGCCGUCAAUCGCCAGCCCAAAUUUAUCGACAUGACACACGCCAGUCAGGCCGCUGCUCUGGCUCCAGGCCCGGAACCACAGCGUAAGCAUCCUUUAGAAGGGGCGCCCCCGGCCUCGGCUAUGGCCGAUCAAAGCGAAUCGUACGUUUACAAUGCUGCUGUCGAACGCCAGUUCUUUGACGCUGCACGUGAAGCCAUGUCAUUCAGUAGGGACGGCGGACAGGCCUGGGCCGAGUUUCUCAAGUGUCUCGAUAUGUACGCCCAAGAGAUUUUGACGCGAACGGAGAUGUUGACAUUCGUGGAGCAAAUUCUGGGCAAGCGGAACGCGAAGUUGUUGGAAGAGUUCAAGCGCAUACUGGUGUCGGCUGGAUCUCCUGAUGGCCCCGCUCCUUUGCUGGAAGAUUCGUGGUAUUCUGUACCGUUGUCUGAGAUUGACUUUUCUCGAUGCCGUCGCUGCACUCCGUCGUAUCGUGCGCUGCCUCGUGAUUACCCUGCACCACCUUGUGGUGAUCGAAGCGACGAGGAGGCAAAGGUUUUGAAUGACAUCUGGGUCUCUUUACCGGUCGGCAGUGAGGAAAGCUAUACAUUUCGACACAUGCGCCGUAACACGUAUGAAGAGACGCUCUUUCGAGUUGAGGACGAACGGUUU